AUGUAAGUUAGAUUUAUUUAACUGGCAAGGUUUACUUUGCCAUCAGCUGGGCUUAAACCAAAUUGUCAAUUGUGAUUUCCUUAAUCUUGAUUUAAAAUGAAAAUGUUAAGCCUCAACCAAUUGAACAAGUCAACGCGAACAAGGGGCAAAAACUUUGCCGUUUUCGAAGAGCUCUUGCUGCUGGAGCUAAUCAAACCUUAUAAGCACAUUGUCGACAACAAAUGUUCCGAUGCGACCUCUUGCCAGUUGAAAAAGGACACCUGGGAGAACUUGGCCCAUCAGUUCUCCAACCAAAGUGGAUUCGAACGCACUUGGAGAACCCUCAAGGACAAGUACAAGAACAUGAACAGCAAACUCAAGACCGAGGGCACAAUGAUUCCACGGUUCUUCAAGACCAAAGAGUUUGAACCAGCCAGCAAUUGUGUUUCUGUGGUUUAUGAUAAAAGCCCGGGACAUGAGUAUAAUUCUGAUAACUCGCCGGAUAACAAACAACAGUAUGAUCAAGACGACCGCAUUGAAAGUCCAAAAUUUGAAGAGGACUCAAUCGAUAAGGCCCUGGCUGAGGAAACUCCUGAAUCCCAGUCUUCAUUUUCCCCCAUCAAGAAAACAUUACCAAGAAAAUGUAUUAUCAGUAAAAGAAAUAAGAACAGAUCAUUGAAUAAUGAGAAAAUUGCUUUAAUUCGACUUCAACAGAGAUUCUAUUACUACGAAAAUGUCAGAUCUGCUGAGAAACAUCGCCUGGAGCUAAAGUCAAUUAAUCUGAAGAAUGAACUCAUGGAAUUAGAGCUGGAGGAAAAAUGCCGACGCAUUAAGAAUGAUGAAGAAAAUUUUAUCAAGACAGACAGUUUAAGUUGA